AGAGCCUUGCCGGCUCAGACUGCACGGUACCAAGCGUGCACCCCGUGCUGACCAGCGAGCGGGGAGGUCAGCCUCGGCAGCGAGGCGUGCCACUGCCUUCUGGAACGAUUCUCGGCCACAUGCGCGACUUCGAAGGGAGCUACGGCGCCCUGCCCGGAGGCGAGCAGCAGCCUUACCCGUGGCUCUCCUCCGAUGGCGCGCAGGCCACCCUGACGGCCCCGAACCCCCCAGACCGCCGCGACGAGCGCUUCCGCGCGCAGUUCCUCAAGUCCCAGCUGUGCAAGUUCUACGAGACCGGCUGCAGCCGGGGGGACGCCUGCGAGUUUGCGCACGGCCUGGAGGAGCUGCAGGCCGGCCCCGACCUGACCAAGACCUCCCUCUGCAGGGCGUGGCAGGCGGGGCGCUGCCGCCUGAGCUCGGAGGAGUGCUCCUUCGCGCACGGCUUCGACGACCUGCGGGUGACCGACGUCUACCACAAGUCGGCGCCGUGCAAGAUGUUCGCCAUGGGCCGAUGCAAAUUCGGGAAGAGAUGCAGGCACGCCCACAGCGUGUCCGAGAUGCGUGCCGCCAUGGGCCGCAGCGCCGCCGGCCACGCCCAGGGGCAGCAGGAGGGAGGCCUGCGGCAGCCCCUCGCGCCGCGGCCGCCGCAGCCCUCGCAGCCGGAGGAGGCCCUAUGGCACUCGACCGCCGCCGUUCGCGGCGGGCCUCGCAGAGACGCUGAGCGCUUUCCCGCUCCCGCAGGAGCAGCGACCGCCGCGGCUGCGCGCACCCAGCCCUCGGGAGUCCCGAGCUGGUGCCCCAGCACAUCCCGCUGCGGCAGUUGGUCAAGGACCCGAGGCGGGUGCACCCGUUCGAGCCCGGGCCGGGCGCCCUGGACGCCAACGCUCUCUCGGCGGCGCCACGUCCGCGGAUUCCGCAGGCCUCGGUGGACUAUACAAGCGGAGUCCAGACGUGGUGUUUGUGAAGCGCUUCCUGCGGAACCACGACUCGUUCGGCUGAGUGGGCAUAGAAAUGAAAAAAUGGUAGUGAGAUUUGCAUACAGGAUCUAGGCAAUAGAGUAGCUGCGAGUCAGUUUCACAAACGUUGUAUAUAGUAAAUGAGAUGCGAAGGGAAGGCGCACGCAAGUGCAAGCUGCGCACGUGCGAGCUAUAUCGUGUGCAACUCUGGUUAGUGCCAUGUAAGGUGAAGCCAGGGACACGGUGGGGCAUGGUGGGUGCGACUCAAAUGGAUUGAACAUGCGUGGUAUAGAGAGUAGAUUCUGGACGGGUCGUCUGUUGUUGCAUACGGUUUGGAACUGACCAGACGUUGUGGCCACACGUUACCGCUGUGCGAGUACUGCGCGAUCGCCGGCUGGUGAGUAAUUGUAUUAGACAUCCAGCCUUGCGCAAGCUGCCUGAGACAGCUAGUCGCAGGUUUCGCGCCGCUUGCACACCGUCACGCCGGGCCCACCAGUUGGCCAGAUCCCAGGGUAACACUCUGGAGUGGGACCCGUUGCCCGGCUUUUUCACAUCGCUGUAGAACCAUUUUAAGCAUUAUAUCUACUAUCUCGUGCCCCUUUCAGGGCCGUUCCUGGUGUAUUCUUUUUUUUGCCGCCACAGUGUAGUGUCAAUGACGCGAGGGUGAUUGUUUCUGAAAGGUUGGGAGACCAGCCACUUGUUUUAACGUGAUCCCGUCGUCUCUUCUAUCCGCUCGACACAGGCGCCCCUGACGGCAGCCAGAAGAGCUCGUGAACCGAAGCGUUCCUCCGUCUUUCGAUGUUGUCGGCCUGCUCGGGAAGGGGCGGGGGGAUAAGUUUAUCCGGAUGUUUGCAGGAUGAAGGAGCACGGGAAGCGACAGACGAUGCUUUUCUCAACCAACUGGAAAGGCGUAGUACCAAUGCAGCAGACUUGGAUAGGCUUCCAACGAGCUGCUGUAAUAUCAUUUUGAUUACACGUUGAAGCCGGCUGUGCCCGAGCUCCGUGUGAGAACUCUCCCAGGCAAACUGCCGUCGGCAAAUUUGCGCAUUGCAAGCGCAAGGUUCACAUUGCAUGUGAGGACCAGAGUAGUUCCCCUCGAUGGGGCAGUCGGUUCAGAUCUGCCAGAUUUCCAGAAGGCGCGGGCAGCGACAGACAGACAUGCAGACAGACACAUGCUUUCCUCGGCGAGGGCGACCGCGGCAGCAGAUGGCUUGCCAGUUCACAUUCGUGUAACUUCUGAUCAGUACGUACUAGUCGCCGCACCUGUCCCCCCCCCGCCACUUCCCCUCUUUUCCUGCCCCCCCCCCCUCGCAACCCCUUGUUGUUCUCAUAGUGUACAGGUCACAUGUGCUCCUUUUAGCUAGCGCUCAUCUUAUUCAAGAGUAGCAUUCCUGUACGUUUCUCUUCAGAUAGCAUGCUUCUUUUUUGGGUCGCGCCGGGGACAUCGAAUUCUGGCACCGCUGUAUCACCCAGUGGCCACACCAAUCUCUCUAUCGGUGAAUUGGUCGUAUGGCCGUUUCAUGUUGGGGCUCUCAAACGGCAGAGCCCCCGUUUUUAGUAAAUCCACGGGCGAUCUACAUGGUCGACGUGCUAUUCGUUUUUUUUUUGCGCUGGAGGAGCACACGCUGCGUUAUCUUGACGCGGUUGUCUGUGUCGAGGCGAACUUCGAUGCGUAUGCAAGGGUCCACUAUAUCGACUGGCGAAGGAACAGCGUUGAGAUACCUUGAUUGCGUC